GGCGAGUGUUUGGGCGAAGAGAGGCUCUGGAUCAGGAGCGCAGCAACCUGAGAGGCAAGGCCGUUGCCUGCUGCGUCACCAGCGCUGUGCGUGCCUUUCGCGUUUAUGGGAAAGUGACGCGCCUGACUCCCUUAAAAGUCCAGAAAAAACACUGGCGGCACCGCGAGGAGAGAUGGGCGCUGGAGCAGCGAGAAGCCGAGCGAUCUGAGAACAGAGUCCUUUUAUGAGAUCGCCAAAGCUCUGCUCCAGCCUCUAACAAGCAAACCCACAAUGGCUCCCCCAGAUCUAGCGAUGGGUAGGAAUGAAACCUUAAGCCAAACCCUCUAUGAUGCCUUGGAAGAACUCCUUGAAGACCAGUUUAACAUUUUUAAACGGAAGCUACAAGACAUUGACCAUGAUGGAAAGGGGGAAAUCCCCAAAGUUCAGCUGGACAGUGCUGAUAGAUCCGAUGUUAUUCAUCUCAUGUGUGACUUCUAUGGUGAGGCCAAUGCAGUAAAAGUAUGCAUAUGUGUCCUUGAACAUAUUGGCAAGGAAGACAUUGCUGCAAAUCUCAAUGAAGCAACACGGAAAGGUUCUAGGUUAACCUACAGAGACUACAUAAAGGGCAAAUUUCAGUCAAUAAAAGUCCACCCUUCCCUUGGUGAAAAUCUGCUUCGAAGCUGCCAGUAUUCAAAGCUAACCUUUGAUAUUGAGAGUCCCAGAAAGCAGGAGGAAGAACAUGAAAUCAUGGCUUUAGGAUGGGUAUAUUUUCGAGACACUUACAUGGACUAUUGUAGCCUUCAAACAGAGUAUACCACUGAAAAGCUAUUUAAUCCUGAUAGAAAUGGACUGGUUCCACAAAUCGUUGUACUGCAGGGAGCUGCAGGGACCGGGAAAACAACAACGGCAAGAAAAAUAAUGUUUGACUGGGCCUGUGGAAGACUUUAUCAGGCCAUGUUUGAUUUUGUUUUCUACAUUAAUUGUGGAGAGAUGAACCUCUGUAAUGAGGAUAGUAGUAUUGCAGAAAUCAUUUUAAAACGGUGGCCCCGACAGGAUGAAAUUAAGAAGAUGCUGGAGAAUCCGAAGAAACUGCUGUUUGUAAUUGAUGGGUUUGAUGAAUUAAGAUGCUCCCUUCAACCAGACCCCUUUUGUACUGAUCCCUGGCAGAAGGGGCCUGUGGAGGUCCUCCUGGGCAGCUUACUUAAGAAAAAACUCCUUCCUGAAUCCUACUUGAUAAUAACAACAAGACCAACAGCCCUGGGGUAUCUCCAUGAGUGCUCAGAGGAAUUACGUCGCCAUUUCAAGAUCCUGGGAUUUUCAAAAGAGGACAGAGAGAAAUAUUUCCACAAAUUCUUUGAGAAUAAAGACCGAGCAACUCAAGCUUUCAGUCUUGUAAAACAGAACGAGACCCUCUUCACCAUGUGCUCGGUUCCCCUUGUGUGUUGCAUUAUCUGCAUGGUGUUGGUACAACAGAUGGAAAACAGUGAGGAUCUUUGGCAAACAUCCAACACGCUCACUGCCGUCUAUAUGCUUUACCUUUCCAGCUUGCUAAAGCUGCACCACAACAGCCCGUCAAAGGAACAUAUUAGAAAGAACUUGAAAAGUUUGUGUUCUCUGGCUGCAGAUGGAAUCUGGAAACGAAAAAUACUGUUCUGGGAGGAAGAAAUCAAAGAGCUCGGCUUAGAUCAGGAAGACUCCCUCCCCCUCUUUCUGAGCAAGAGUAUUUUCAGAAGGAACAUCGAAUGUGAACGUGCCUACAGCUUCAUUCACUUAAGCUUCCAGGAGUUUUUUGCAGCCUUAUCUUACUUACUGGAAGAAGGAGAAGGGCUGAGUUCUGAAAAUCCUAAUCGAGAUGUGGUCAGAUUAUUAGAAAGCUACGCAGUUUCCAGACCUGAUUUAGAAGUAACGGUACGCUUCCUCUUUGGCCUCGUAAAUGAAGGAAAGGGAAUGAAGGACAUGAAAGAGCAGUUCGGAUGGAAAUUUUUGCCUAAGAUUAAAGAAGUUUUAUUAGAAUGGGUGAAAAACACCACAGAAACAAAGAUGGAUGUACAUGAGAGGCAUAAGCACCGAUGGCUUGAAUGCUUGUAUGAGAACCAAGAGGAAAAUUUUGUGGAAAGUGCAUUGGAUCACGUGACUGAAGUUACCGUACACGGAAGAUACCUGACUAAGACGAGAGUGACGGCCCAGGCCUAUUGCUUGGAGCACUGCUCUGCUUUGGAGGUCCUUCACGUGGAGGAAAUGUUAUUUAUGAGAUAUUAUGAUUUUACCAAAGAAAUACUAGAAAAAGAGGAGGAGGAAGAAGAGGAAAAACUUAAUAAUUCAGAACCACGUUCAGACGGGUUAUGGGCCCGGAUCCAGAGACUUAGAAGAGACCCAGAGUGCAAUAGCUGGACUAUGUACAGUUUUUUGAAUCGACUGACUUGUGGUAUUUUUGGGAAACCUGAAGAACCUUUGUUUGGGAAGCUGGAAUCCUGUUGUGAACAGUAUCAAAACCCAGCCAUCUUCAAAUCACUGAAGUCUCCAAAAAGUAACUUAAGGCAUGUGAGAGUGAAGUUUUUUAGUGAACAGCUUGUUCCUUGUGGUUUCCUCGCAUCUCUUCUCUCUGUUAACUCAACACUAUUGGAGCUGGAGCUGGGAAGAAGUAAAGUCCGAGAUUCAGGACUGAAGCUGCUAGCUGAGGGACUAAAGCACCCAAACUGCCAGAUACAGAAAGUGAUGUUAUAUAGCUGUGGACUGACAGGAGCAUGUUGUGAGGACCUGUCCUCUGUGCUCUGUACCAAGCAGACCCUGACAGAUCUGGAUUUAUCAGACAAUGCACUAGGAAAUUUUGGAAUCCGCCAACUUAGUGAAGGUUUAAAACAUCCUAACUGCAGGCUGCAGAAGCUCGUGUUAUCCAACUGUUCUUUCUCAGGAACUGCUUGUUGGGGUUUCGCCAAAGUUCUGUGUACAAGCCAGACGCUGAGAGAGUUAGAUCUGCGUUUCAAUAAAGUGUGGAACAUAGGAAUGAUGUUGCUGUGUAUGGGACUAAAGGAUCCAGCUUGUAAAUUAGAGAACCUACAGUUGGUUAAGUGCAGCAUCACAAGUUGUGGAGAUCUGUCUUCUGCCCUUGCCACAAACCAGAUGCUGAAACAAGUAGAUUUACGAGAUAAUAAACUGGGAGAUUCAGAAGUGAGGCUGCUGUGUGAGGGCUUGAACCAUCCAAACUGCAAGCUUGAGGUUUUGUCGUUGUUUGCUUGCUGUCUGACAGCAGAUUGUUGCAAGGCUCUGUCUUCUGCUCUCAUUACCAACCAGACCUUAAGAAAAUUAGAUUUAACUUGGAAUGCAUUAGGUGAUUCAGGGGUGAAGCUACUAUGUGAAGGGCUAAAACAUCCAGACUGCAAGCUGCAGAGUUUGAGGUUGUCCCACUGCUCUUUUACACAAGCUUGUGGCGGGGAUCUUGCCGAAGUCCUGAGGGAGAGCCAGACACUGAUAGAACUGGAUCUGGCUUGGAAUGAAAUCGAAGACAAGGGAGUGGAGCUGCUCUGCGAGGGACUAAAACACCCAGACUGUAAACUGGAGAUUCUAGAGCUGCAUGGGUGCGGCAAGACACCUGCUGCUUGUGAGAACCUCUGUGCUGCCCUGACUACAAACCAGUCACUGACCAGACUGCAUGUCAGCUGUGACGUCCUGGGAGCCUCUGGCAAGGAUCAGUUCAGAAAUGCACUGCAACAUGGAAGGAGAAGACGGCAGGGACUAUGGGGAAGUAGUGUCCUGGUUUUGUUCGUUUUCUCUUUCAUGUUCAUAAAUGACACCACCGAUGCGGCCAGACGGAGGGACUUUACGGAUUACAGGGAGAAAUACAGAGAACAUAUUAGAGAGAAAUACCAAAGCCCUGAAAGAAGGCUGGCCAGCCAUGGGGUCUAUGGGCCUCCCAAUGAAAAAUAUGAGCAACUAAUUAUUGCAAAUGGAGAUAGACGAGAGACUGAAAUACUGCACAGACCAUGGAGACAUUCUGGGGUCAUGUCAGAGCAAAUGGUUGCUGUUCCCACCGAGGCCUUGUUUGAGGUUGACAACGAUGGACCACAGACUGUGGUGCUCCUGGGAGGGGCUGGGACUGGGAAAACCACCUUGGCCAGAAAGAUCCUGCUAGACUGGGCAGCUGGAAGACUCUUUUCCGGGAGAUUUGAUUACCUUUUCUACCUCCGUUGUGGGCAACUGAAUCUCGUUGAGGGCCAGGCGGACUUGGCUGACUUGAUUUUAAACGGUGACCCUGAGCUUAGAGAGAGAGAAGAGAUAAUGGAACUCCUAGAAAACCCUGUCAAGCUUCUCUUCAUAAUUGAUGGCUUUCAUGAACUCACUUGCCCCAUCGAACACCAGGAAGACAACCCAAGCGUUGAUCCCAGGGAGAAGAAGCCGGUGGGAGUCCUCUUGAGUGCAUUAUUUCACAGAGCCCUUCUUCCAGAGGCCUGCCUGCUAAUUACUACCAGGCCAUCCUCUUUGGAAAGCCUCAGGAAUUGCCUGCAGUCUGAACGCUGCGUGAGACUUUUGGGUUUUUCUGAGGAGGGCAAAGAAGAGUAUUUCCUCAAGGUCUUUGGAGAUCAAAAAUUAGCAACACAGGCUCUUAGGUAUGUUAAAGGGGAUGAAGCACUCUUUGCCCUAUCCUUUGUCCCCAAUUUGUGCUGGGUCCUCUGCACUGUGAUGAAACAGCAGCUAGACAGGGGCAAGGAAGAUCCAGUGCCAGUGUCUGAAAAACUCACUGCGGUAUAUGCACUUUAUCUCUCCCGUUUGACUGAGUCUCCCUGCAGUAGCUCAGGGCAGUGGAAUCUGAGAGGGCUCUGCUCACUGGCUGCUGAUGGAAUCAGGAAAAACAAGACCUUGUUCAAGGCCGAAGAAAUCCAGAAGCAAAGUUCAGGUCACUUAGGUUCUCUUCCUCCUGCUCUUUUUCAGAAAGACCCUGAUUCUGAAGGUCUCUAUAGGUUCCUCCACCUCAGUGUACAAGAGUUUCUUGCGGCCUUGCUCUAUGUUUUGGAAGACACGCCCAAAGAUCCUGAGACUAUGAAGCAAGAUGUGGAACUCUCACUAGAAGGAUGCGGCAAAGACCCAGGAGAUUUGACCUUAUUUGCCCAAUUCAUCUUUAGCCUAUUAAACAGAGAAAUAAUGGAAUACCUGAAAGAACAAUUUGGGUGGCAAAUUUCACCUGCAAUUAAGGCUGACUUGCUGGAUUGGUUUAAAACAGACACACAGAUUAAGUCAGAUUAUCCAAAUUAUCGCCCGCUGGAGAGGUUUCACUAUUUGUAUGCAACCCAAGAAGAGGAAUUUGCCCAAUGUGCUCUCGACCGUUUGACUGAAGUAACGAUGGACAGAUUGACAUUUACUCCCCUGGACCAAGCUGUUCUCUCCUUCUGUGUCCAGAACUGUUUACACUUGGAGGCGCUUUGCCUGUACGGAUGUUUGUUUCUCUCGAAGGAACCUGAGGGAGAAGAACUUCCAGGGCAUCUCAGUCAUCCAUGUCAGCCAGAUCAGAAAACACAGGAGCAUUCAGCAGUUUACCUUCUCCGUCAAGCACUGAAAGAUCCAAACAACAAAAUCAGGAAACUGGAGCUUAAUGGAUGCCAGCUCACAGACGGUUGCUGUGCAGAUCUUUCCACUGUUCUAUCAACAAGCCAGAAGCUGGUAGAACUGGACUUGCAGGCAGCCAUUCUGAAGGAAUCGGGAGUCAGGCUGCUAUGCGAAGGGCUGCUUCAUCCCAACUGCAUGCUAGAAAAACUGGGACUGAAGGACUGUGGCCUGACCUCCAUUUCUAGCAGAGACCUUUCCACUGUUCUCAGUACCAGUCAGAAGCUGACAGAGCUGGAACUGGGUUGGAAUCCUUUACUGGGAGAUCAAGGAGUUCAGCUGCUGUGUGAGGGGUUGAAGCAUCCGAACUGCAAGCUGCAGAGCUUGGGGUUGGACAGCUGCAAUCUCUCAGCUGCCAGUUGUCAGGAUCUCAUCCCUGUUCUAAGUACCAGCCGGACUCUGAUGAAGCUGAACCUGGAAUGUAACAAAGUGGGAGAUGCAGGAGUGAAGCUGUUGUCUGAAGGACUGAGACAUCCAAACUGCGUACUGCAAACUUUAUUGCUGGACACAAAUGAGCUCAGCCCUGCCUGUUGUGGGGAUUUCAGCUCCAUUCUCAGCACCAGCCAGACAUUGACAGAACUGGCACUAGAAUAUAAUGGACUGGAAGAUGCUGGAGUGAGGCUGCUCUGUGAGGGGCUGAAGCAGCCCAGCUGCAAGCUGCAAAAACUGAGGCUGGCCCGAUGUAAUAUUACAGCUGCUUCUUGUGAAGAUCUCUCUUCUGCUCUUGCAGUCAGACAGACUCUGACAGAGCUGGUGGUGGAAUGUAACGAGCUUCGAGAUCCAGGGGUGAAACUUCUGUGCAGAGGUCUCAAGCAUCCACACUGCAAGCUGCAGCUCCUCAACUUGUACAAUUGUGAUCUCACUGCUGCCUGCUGUGCAGAUCUUGCCUCUGCCCUCAGCAGCAACCAGACGCUGACCGAACUCUUCCUGGGAGGUAACCAGCUUGGGGAUUCCGGGGUGCAGCUGCUGUGUGAGGGACUGAAACAUCCAAAGUGCAUGUUGCAGAAAUUGUGCUUGUGUAGCACUGAAAUCACAGCAGCAGGUUGGGGAGAGAUCUGUUCUGCCCUCAGCACAAACCAGAUGCUGGAAGACAUUGAUUUAUGGAACAAUCCAUUGGGAGAUUCAGGAAUGAGGCUGCUGUGUGAGGCACUGAAACACCCAGGCUGCAAGCUUCAGAUUUUGUCGUUAUGGAAUUGCGAAUUCACCUCGGCUUCCUGCAGGGAUCUCUGCUCUGCUCUCAGCACCAACCAGAGUCUGAAGAAGCUGAAGCUGGGGGGUAACAAACUGGGAGAUUCCGGAGUGAAGAUGCUGUGUGAAGGACUGAAAGACCCAAGCAGUGGACUGGAGGCAAUUGAACUCGAUAUUGACGAGUUAUCUGAAGACACGGUGAGAGAGCUUAGUAGCGUGAAAAGGAUUAAGCCUGACCUGGUUAUAGAUACAUAGGAGCCGCUAUGAUGACAGAGGACAGGAAUGGUCGUGGAUGGAGUACCUGGAUAGCUCUGUUGGGAACUGGGAUUCCGCUGAACCACGUCAUCUCCUACUUCAAUCACUGGGAAGGAAAAGAACCUCUUGCUCAUUAUAGGAUUUCACACAUCCGCAGUACUGCUCUGCCCAGUUUCCGCAGCCAGUUUUACUUACUGGUGUAGGACUGAGUGUAGGACUGAUUGCUGAACAAAUAAUAAAUUUCUGCUCUGUUUAUUCUGUU